AUGGCUGCAUGUUUCUUUCGCGCCCUUCCUAGACGCUUCGGAGCGUGCAACUUGACAGCCAGCGCGCCCACCAUCAACCAUGGCUAUACCCGCCUCUUCCACGCAGCACCUUCACGCCUGGCGCAGGUCGCUAAGGUGCAAUCCGACCUCGAGAAGCGCAUUGCCGCCAUUCCCAUAGAACGCUUCCGCAACUUCUGCAUUGUUGCUCACGUCGAUCAUGGAAAGAGUACCCUGAGCGACCGCCUGCUGGAAAUCACUGGUGUCAUUGAAAAAGGUGGAAAUGCCCAGAGUCUGGACAGACUCGACGUAGAGCGAGAAAGAGGUAUCACUGUCAAGGCCCAGACAUGUACCAUGCUCUACAAUCACAACGGUCUGGACUACAUGCUGCACUUGGUCGACACGCCUGGUCACGUCGACUUUAGAGCAGAGGUCUCAAGAAGUUACGCCAGUUGUGGUGGAGCUCUACUGGUAGUCGAUGCGAGUCAAGGUGUGCAGGCACAGACCGUCGCCAACUUCUACCUUGCCUUUUCCCAAGGCCUCACUCUCGUGCCCGUCAUCAACAAGAUCGAUCUACCCACCGCCGACUCACCCCGCGCGCUCGAACAAAUCAAGGAUACUUUCGAGUUGGAUCCAGAAAAGGCAGUCCUAGUCUCGGCCAAGUCUGGAAUCAACGUCGAGGCUCUGCUGCCCAGCGUCGUCGAGAACAUCCCUGCUCCUGUUGGCGAUGAAGAUAAGCCGCUGCGUCUGCUCCUGGUAGACUCGUGGUACGACAACUACAAGGGUGUCAUCUUGCUGGUUCGCAUUUUCCAAGGCCAAAUCAAGCCCGGCGACCAUGUCACUUCGUUUGCUACUGGUAUCAAAUACUAUGUUGGCGAGGUUGGCAUCAUGUACCCCCUUCAAACCCCCAUGACCAAACUGCGCGCCGGCCAGGUCGGCUACAUCUACUUCAACCCUGGAAUGAAGCGCUCGCAAGAUGCAAAGGUCGGCGACACCUACACCACUGUCGGUUCCGAGAAGCUUGUUGAGAUGCUGCCUGGUUUUGAGGAGCCCAAACCCAUGGUUUUCGUCGCCGCUUUCCCCGUCGACCAAAGCAAUUACGAACAUCUAGAGGACAGUAUCAACCAGAUCGUACUCAAUGAUCGUAGUGUCUACGUCCAAAAAGAGUCAUCGGAAGCUCUAGGUGCAGGCUGGCGUCUCGGCUUCUUAGGCACAUUGCAUUGCUCUGUCUUCGAAGAUCGUCUUCGUCAAGAGCAUGGAGCAAGUAUCAUCAUUACUCCUCCAUCCGUACCCUUCAAGAUUGUCGAUCCUAAAGGCAAGGAGACUAUCGUGUCAAAUCCCAACGACUUCCCCGAGACCGAUGUACUGCAUCAAAAAGUCGCAGAGCUGCAAGAGCCGUUUGUGCUUGCGACCAUCACUAUGCCUGAAGAGUAUCUCGGCAAAGUCAUCGAGUUGUGCGAGGGCAAUCGAGGUGUACAAACCGAGCUCACAUUCUUCACGUCAACACAAGUAAUUCUGAAGUACGAACUGCCGCUAGCCCAACUCGUAGAUGACUUCUUCGGCAAGCUCAAGGGCUUGACCAAAGGUUAUGCGUCUCUCGACUACGAAGAUGCUGGCUGGCGCAAGUCCAGCAUCAUCAAAUUGCAACUGCACGUCAACAAGAUUCCCGUUGAUGCAGUCGCUCGUGUCUGUCACCACAGUCAAGCCGAGCGCAUCGGCAAGCAGUGGGUGACCAAAUUCAAAGAGCAUGUCGAUCGACAAAUGUUCGAAAUUGUUAUUCAAGCUGUCGCUGGCAGGAGGAUCGUGGCCCGUGAGACCAUCAAGCCUUUCCGAAAGGAUGUUUUGGCAAAGCUUCACGCAGCUGAUACCAGUAGAAGAAGGAAGUUGCUUGAGAGACAAAAGGAAGGAAGAAAGAAGUUGAGAGCUGUUGGCAACGUCGUGAUUGACCAGAAAGCAUUCCAGGGCUUCUUGGCAAAAUAA